AAGUUUAUUGUCUCUUCUAUAUACUAUCAUCCAACUCGAAAGAUAUACUGUAAAUACCUACUCACUUAAAACAACAUCUAAACUCAUCAUCCAUCAAUAUGUCUUACAACAACGACAACAACGACUCCAGCUACGGUGGUAGCGGCAACGACUCGUACGGCCAAAGCGGCGGUCGUUCGGACAACGCUUACGGCUCGAGCAAUUCUUCUUCCAACCGUAAAGACAACGACAACGACAACUCGUUCGGCUCGUCUCGUCAAGACAACGAGACUGGCUACGGUUCGUCAACCAAGGCCUACGGCUCCAGCAACAACGACUCCAGCGACAACACCACGUUCGGGUCAAGCAACAGCAACAGCCGCCGAGACAACACCGACUCGUACGGGUCGAACGACAACAACAGCGGCAGCGGUAACACCUACGGGUCUAGCAACAACAACGACAGCAGCUUCGGGUCCGGAGGCAAGACCGAUACUUUCGGCUCGUCCCGCGACACCGACAGCUACGGCUCUUCCAACCGCCGUGACAACGACAACAACAACAGCAGCAGCGGAAACACCUAUGGUUCUAGCAACAGCAACAGCAACAGCAACGACAACGACAGCUACGGAUCGUCCCGCAACACAAGCUCCAACGCGUACGGGUCCAGUGGAAACGACAACGACUCCUACGGGUCUACUACCAAGAGCAACACGUUCGGCAGCUCCAACGACAACGACUCGUACGGCAACAAGAGCAGCUCCGGCAGCUACGGCGACGAUGACAACAACAACAACUCCAGCCGCAAGGGCGGAGAUAGCUUUGCUGGCAAGGUUUUGGAGAAGGUCGGUUCAGCUCUCAACAGCGAGCGUGUAGAAGGCAGGGGCCGUGAGAAGCGCGAGGAUGCUUCGGGCCGAAAUGAUGACUACUAGACUGUCAGAUAGAUAGGGGUGAAGUUAGGUACAUAUUUGUUGGGUAUUGUCGAAGGACGACUUUAGCAAAGGGAUAAGUUUUAUAAUCCAGUCUACUGCCAUAGUUGCAAGACGUAUAUACGUAUCUGAAUAUAAUCACUUGGUG